AACAAUUCAUGUACGCUUCUGGGUUCAACUUAUAUUUCAGAAACAAAUAAGAAAAAACAAAGAAUAAAGUAGCAAACAAGAGCAACAGCAAAAGCCGCAUCUAUGGAGAACGGUGAAAUUCAUGAAAACGCAUCUAUGGAGAACGGUGAAAUUCCUGAAAACGCCAACGAAAAUUGCCCAGGUCCUCAAUCAGAAUCAGCUGGACAAUCAGAUGCGUGUCAAGGAUGCCCUAACCAAGAAGCUUGUGCUUCUGCUCCCAAAGGCCCUGAUCCUGACUUGGUGGCAAUUGCAGAACGAAUGGCUACAGUAAAGCAUAAGAUACUGGUUUUAUCAGGCAAAGGUGGAGUUGGCAAAAGCACAUUCUCUGCCCAACUCUCAUAUGCUCUAGCAGCUAUGGACUUCCAGGUUGGUCUCUUGGAUAUUGAUAUUUGUGGACCAAGCAUUCCUAAGAUGCUUGGGCUAGAAGGUCAAGACAUUCACCAGAGUAACCUUGGCUGGUCUCCUGUAUAUGUGGAGUCAAACCUUGGGGUCAUGUCAAUUGGAUUCAUGCUCCCCAACCCUGAUGAAGCUGUUAUAUGGAGGGGGCCUCGCAAGAAUGGGCUCAUCAAGCAAUUUUUAAAGGAUGUCUACUGGGGAGAGCUUGAUUUUCUAGUGGUUGAUGCCCCUCCCGGGACCUCAGAUGAGCAUAUCUCGAUUGUUCAAUUCCUUCAGGCUACUGGAAUAGAUGGUGCAAUUAUUGUCACUACUCCACAACAAGUCUCUCUAAUUGAUGUGCGUAAAGAAGUGAGUUUCUGCAAGAAAGUUGGAGUGGAGGUCCUUGGCGUUGUUGAGAACAUGAGUGGCUUGUGUCAACCAUUGACAGAUUUUAAAUUUAUGAAGUUGACUGAGACUGGUGAUCAACAAGAUGUCACAGAAAAAGUUUUGGAGUAUAUGAGAGAGAAAGCUCCAGAGAUGUUAAACUUGGUAGCUUCUAGUGAAGUAUUUGAUAGCAGUGGCGGUGGUGCAACACGGAUGUGCAGAGAGAUGUGUGUGCCUUUCCUUGGAAAGGUACCAUUGGAUCCACAGCUUUGCAAGGCAGCUGAAGAAGGGAGAUCCUGCUUUGCAGAUCAAAAGUGUGGAGUAAGUGCACCUGCACUGAAGAAUAUCAUAGAAAAAUUACUGGCAGCCAAUAAUUGGCGUUAGGACUGCAUUAUGUAGCUGAGCUGAUUAUUAAAGAUGGAUCUUUUCUUUUCUUUUCUUUUUUGUUUUUUUAGAUUUGUAUUUUAUAUUCUUUCCUUUUCUGAAUUAAUUAGUAGUUUUGCAGAUUUUUUUCUUUAUGGUAUACGGAUUACACAAGUUAACAAUUAUUGAGUGUUUUGCAUCAGUACAGCAAUUCUGUAUAAUAAGCCUGUACCUUUAUAGUUGCUCAGCUUCAUUUGUGACUUUGUGCUUUAUUGAACUUGGCUGCAUCUUGAUUA